AUGGCCGCAUCAACCUCUUCUUCACUCCACGGCCACAGCGACACUACAUUGUCACCAUCAGUAACCACUUCCUUCGCCGGCUCCUCCACCCUCUACUCUUCCUCAUCCGUCGCUCACCAUCACCCAGCCGUCCCUACAUCCGCCACCAGCCUUAGCGGCACAGACCAUCUCUGCGAUCUCUUCAACAAACGCAUUCGCAGUCUCGUCUAUCUCAAGCGCUCCCUCCAAGGCCAACGCGCCUGGCUCCAAACCAUUCAGCUUGACCCCGCCGAGCUCGCUUCCGCCUUCGACAAUGAUCGCAUGCACAAACGCACUCUCCGCUACUUUCUCCUCGGUCUCAGCCUCUCCAGCAUUCUCGAGAUCUCCAAGCCGAGCGAUAUGGCCCGUGCCAUUGUCUCGCUCAUCAACGAGCUCGACAGCUACACCGAUGACAGUAUUCUUUCCCUCACCAGUGGCUCCGCAGCAGCUAGCUUUGGAGCACAAAGAACCAAAAUGCGCAGCUUCUUCAAGACUGGCAGGCAAACGCUCAAACGAUCGACUGCCGCACAGGCGAUCAGCGAGUUCGGCACGCUCGACUCGAGUAUAGGCCCCGCAUCGACACUAGCGGCGAAUGAGCAGAACUCGUAUCUGAUGGCACCCAACAUCCCAUUCCAGCUUGACUUCUUCCAGACCUUCUUUACACUCUGCGAUAUGCUUACUGAAAUCUACUACAAGAUGCUCUCCUUCCUACCAAGAGAUGCGACCGCGGGCUACAACAGCUACCCAGAGGCGGGACCAUCAGGCACCUUUGGCCGGGCUUCGUCACCUCCCAUCUCCGCCUCAGACAGUACGAGCAACGAAUUUGAUCGCAACGGAAGCAUCAGCCAGGCUUUCUCUGCUGCUGGAUUGGAAGUUCACAACGAAACAAGCAGUGACAACAAAACUUUCUUACCUGCCAGCAACACGUCUGCACCAGUGAUUAACGGAAUAACCCAAGAGUUGCUCCUCAAAGCAGACGCUAAGAUCAAAAAGACCAUUCAUGCUCAGGUCAAAGAUUUUGACGUCUUGGCUAGGCAACUGAUCAAAAAUAAGCUUUCGUCGCUCGGUCCCCUGCUCAAAGAUCUCGGUCUAGAUACGGCUGGCGGUAGCACGGGUUCAAAUUUCCCACCAUCUUCGUCGACGGUCGGAGCUUGGUCAGUGACGACAAAAGGUUCAUCUAUCAGCAGUGGUCUGCCCGCUUCCUCAACCUCUUCGUUACCAUUCGGCUUCUCACAAUCCUCCAGCACCUCACAUUCAACCUUACCGAGCAAUACAAGCGGAGGCUCUAAACUGUCUAGCUUCGUCACCAACUCCAGUCUGCCCUCCCACUUCCGCCGGCAACAACAACCACUACCGCCGAGAGACCCUCGCACAUCCCAAGACUCUCAUCAUCACGGACACCAUCAGUUCAACCUCGCCACCAUACCCAACGAGCCAAACGCUAGAGCAGAAGCUGAAAAUGGAGCAAGUGGGGGAAUUGGAUCACUCAUCCGCUCAAGAUCAGAUAAAUUGAGAAAAGUUAUGGGUACUGAUCGUCCUCCGUCAUCUGGUGGACAGCGGGAGACGCCGACUUCGGAGGGAACUAGUUCGAUCAGCUCUCCCACAAAGGAGUAG